AUGAUCCUGUCCAGAUUAAAAUAUUACGGAAAAAACACAACUCUGCACGGGCUAAAAUACGUAGCCGACGAAAAGAGACGUCCCGUGAUAAGAUUGACCUGGAUAGCAAUUUUUAUCUUGAGCUUUUAUGGUAUGAUAUUAGUCUUCAAAGCUUCGUAUAAAUCAUACACCGAGAACGCCAUCAGUUUCGUCACAGAAACCGCUUACUUAAACUGGAACACUUCUUUUCCAGCUGUCACACUUUGCGAAAUUACCAGUUCGGAAGUGGCCUGAACGGGUAAGCAAAUCUUCCGAUUAAUAAUCGAAAUAAAAAGCGAGUCCAGGGAUAAGGAAGAGGCCGAGGCCGUCCAGCAGUUUAUUGCAGAUUUGAUAUUUUUUACCGGCAGCUGCUAUUCUUGUCACACACCGUGUAGCAUUUGUGAGGAAUUGGACUUCGGUGAUAUUGUUGAAAAAUUCCGAAAGAAGUGUUCGCAGCUUUUAUCAAAAUGUAAAUGGAAUGAAACCCCUUUUGAUUGCUGUGAGAAAUUCCUGCCGCUGGAGACUGAAUAUGGAAUAUGCUAUUCAUUCAAUUCUCUCCACACAAAAAAGCCGUCUCAACAUGCUUCGGACUUUUAUUUCUUUUCGAACAGAAAGACGGGCCCCGGAGCGCUGUUUAUACAAACUAUAGAGGAUGUUAGGGUCCUGCAGUUAUAUUUCCACGCUCGAGAGGAUGUUCCUUUUAUAAAUUCGGAUCCCGACCAACGAAAGGACGUCAUGCUGGGAGAAACUUACAAUAUUUCUAUAAAUAUAAUAGAAAUAGAAAAUGACGAGAACGUGAAGCUUUUACCGGUCGAAAAGCGCAAAUGCAGAUUUCCUGAAGAAAAACCGGGCGAUUUAAUUGUUCACGACUAUUACAGUUAUUCGACUUGUGUUGUGCAAUGCCAUGCUGACGCCCAUAUCGAUUUGUGCAACUGCACCCAUCAUCUGAUGCCUGUUUUAAACAAGGAAAAAUACUGCGACAUCGAGGGUUUGAAGUGUUUAACUGACAACUUUGAGACAGUAAAUAGACUUCAUGCCAAAGGAUUUGACAAGCCGGGAUUAGUUUGUGAUUGCCUGCCGUCUUGCAUUGAGCCCGAAUAUAAAGUUGUGGCAGAUACAAAAGGAGUUAAAAGUUCCCAUGGUGAGAUUUUUAUUAACUUGCAGUCAUUACCGACAUCACGUUUUAAACGUAUUGUUGUAAGGACUACGAUGGACUUAGUAGUAUCAAUUGGAGGAACAGCAGGACUGUUCAUUGGGGCGUCUAUUCUAAGCAUCGUUGAAACAAUUUACCUACUUUGCCUAAGACGGAGCAUUGAAUAA